UCAGGUGUGAUCCUGUAUAUUCUGCUGGUGGGCUACCCGCCUUUCUGGGACGAGGAUCAGCACCGGCUUUAUGCGCAGAUCAAGUCCGGCGCAUACGACUACCCGUCUCCAGAAUGGGACACCGUCACACCGGACGCCAAAAACCUCAUCAACUCGAUGCUGACGGUGAACCCGCAGCGCCGCAUCAACGCCACAGAGGCGCUGAAACACCCCUGGAUCUGCCAAAGGGAGCGUGUGGCUUCAGUGGUCCACAGGCAGCAGACCGUCGACUGCCUCAAGAAGUUCAACGCUCGACGCAAGCUCAAGGGAGCCAUUCUCACUACGAUGCUUGCCACUCGGAACUUCUCCAGUCGCAGCAUCGUCGCCAAGAAGGGUGACGGUUCUCACGUGAAAGAGAGCACAGAGAGCAACACCACUGUCGAGGAUGACGACUGCAAAGAGGACCGCAAGGUCGACAGAUCGGCCACUGUGAUCGCCCGAGAGCCCGAAGAGAACGGCCCCGGCAAGUGUCAGGUCUCUCUAGUGCCCGUCAUUCAGCGAAACGACCAGGUGUUUAACGAUGGCUGUGCACGCGGUAGCAGCUCGCUGGACUCUGAGGAGGAGGCUCGGAAACAGGAGAUCGUGAAACUGACGGAACAACUUGUCGAGGCGAUCACAGUUGGCGACUAUGAGGCCUAUACGAAGCUGUGUGACCCUCACCUGACCUCGUUCGAGCCAGAGGCGCUCAGUAACCUGGUGGAAGGCAUGGAGUUCCACAAGUUCUACUUCGACAACGUGUUGGGCAAGUUCCGGAAGGCAAUCAACACCACUAUCCUGAACCCUAACGUUCACCUGCUGGGGGACGAGGCGGCCUGCAUUGCCUACGUACGGCUCUCGCAGUAUAUUGACAGGCAGGGUGUGCCUCACACUGAACAGGCCGAGGAGACUCGCGUCUGGCACCGACACGACGGAAGGUGGCAGCACAUUCAUUUCCACCGCUCGCAGAACGGCUCCAAGUAAUCCGCCACCGCCACCGCCAACGCCCAGAAACGCCCGAAAACGCCACCGCCCGACGCCCGACGCUCGACGCCCAGAAACGUUCGACCGCUGCAGACCCGCAGAGAAAGAGAGAAAGAGAGAGUGGGGAGGUCAUGUGAUCGAUUUCCAUGUAGGUGUUAUGUGUUCUCGCGCAAUAGCCGCGAAGGAGCUAGGCGGGGUGUGGGUGUUUUGUGAUUGGUGGGCGCGCGGCGAGCUCGAACGCUGAUUGGUGGAGCGCGGGCGGGCUGAGCGCGGAUUGGCCGGCAGCCGUCGGUUAGGUGUCUGUUGAUUGGUGGAGCGACUGGCUCCGUGUUCGCUGAUUGGUUGUUGGGCCGGCGCGCUGCCCGCUGAUUGGUCGGCUGCCGGCCGUGCUGUGUGCUGAUUGGCUAGCCGGUCGGCCGGCUGAUCGCCGAUUGGCCGAGCCGAAAGCCACAUCUAGUCGAGGAGUCGGCGGCGAAAUCAAAACCAACGCAGCUGCUGUCCUCGCGCGGCGCCCCUCCGCCGCCGAACUUUGACGGUCGGCCGCUAGGUGGCAGGCGCGCCGCCGCCGCCGCCGCCGCCGCCGCUCGGAUUUGAUGGCUUUUUAUUGUGCCUGCAAUGUCCGUACUUGCGCCGGGGAGCGCGCGCGUCCUGUCUUUAGGUGGUUCCCCUCUCAUUCUGCCCACCCGCUUGGGACUGUAUUUGUGUGUGCGUGCAAUGGUACAGGGUGCGCCAGCCAGCGGCGUCGGCUGUAUUGAUGCUAGGACGCGUUUGGACAGUCUCCACCCCUUUGCUUGUGGUCUUAUCGAGAACUUUGUCCGGGUUUUAUUAUAUCUGGUCUCUGACGCGAGUUAGCUUGAGGCUGAUUGACUGAACUAUUCUGGCCAGCCGCAUACAGGCAAUAAGCCAUUCAUUACCCAAUACUCUGCGUCCGUAAAGCUGGGUGGCGACUGCGACUGUGGCGCCGCCCUGGCGGCGGGUGACCGCAGUCGUAGUACCGACCGCCGCCGCCAGAUGCCAUGCUGGCCGCUGAUGUGGUUCUCUUCGGGCCCGAAAUGUUGGUGAUGUUCUUAACUAUCGUAGUCGGUAGUGAGUGAGUGAGGCCGCCCGCGCGCUGUGGGCGGCUCCGCCCCCGCCCCCGUCCCCGCCCCCGCCCCUCAGUCUGGUUGUCUGCGCCGCGUGUGUUGCGUGUGCGUCGUUUUCGCCAACUCUGGCGCGGCGUGAGAUGUGUCGAUUCGAGAGAGGGAGAGAAAACGAGCGAGAGUGUAUGUCUGUUCGUUCGACGUGGAACGGGCUGAGACAGAGGGAUGGAGGAGUGGAGAGAGUUACGGAGAAUAUUGACGUGAGCAGGAGGUUGAUUUAGGUUUGGGUGGUCGUAUGGUGCCCACUGAGACUCUUACGGACCUUUUUGAGGUAUUGAUGUUGGGUGUUUUAUCGACCUAUUUUAUUCACAAAGUGCAUCGCUAAAUAAAGAUAGACUCUCUACGCACAA